AUGGUGGCCAGCACUUCUGGGGAUGCACAUGGGUUAGAACAGCGCGAGCUGGCCCUUACGGCAUCAGUUGAAUCAAGUGAGAACAAAGGCAGCCGUGCACAUAUCCUACAGUACGAGCAGCUGCUCAGCAUCCAGCAGGACCAGCAUGCCCUUGCAAUGGAGCGGAAGGAUGCGGAAGUCGCACAUUUGAAGGUGCGUUUGGCGGCUCUGGAGGCUAGGAGUUCAGUGUGCACCGAGUCCUGCACGGUGCAUCUGGUCAGGGCCACCUUGCCCCACAAGAUGCCGUGGCCACCGCCGUCCAGACCAAGGACGAGGAGUGUGCAUUGA